UCCCGCCAGCAGCCCAUAUCGCGACCAGUCUACCAAAAGUAACAUCAACGCGACUUCCAUAUCAAAAUGUUCGGAGGAUUCCAGCCCCCUGCCCUCUCCCGCGAGGAGCUCCAGGCCGCCGAGGCCGAGGCCACCUUCACCAUUCAACGUGCCGUCUUUACUGCCGUUGCUCUUUACCUCUCUCCCUUCGUUAUCGACGCCGUUAGCAAGGUUCUCUAAAUAUUCGUACUUAGACACCAAUCAAUCCCACGAGUUGUAUCAAUGAGCGACGACAGCCUUAUGGAAACAAAUACGUUGCAUUAAACGGCCCGCCUGCGGUGCCUGAGCUCCGAUGUUCCCACGCCGAUAAGAAAACGAUAAGGAAUAAUGAUACCCAUCUGGCGCGGACAUUUUUCCUCUGGUUGUACGAUAUGUGUCAAAACUCUCGGAAUGAAGCAAUUUCUCUUUUGGACUGGGAUACUUCUAGGGACGCUGUGCGGACCUCCGUUGAUGGCGGUAAACCGUACUCUCGCCGAAUGGAGGUAGUGUGUUUUGCCGAUAAUCUAGGCUUGAGAGCGUGCCACAUUCUUUUGACAGCCGUCGAAGAGCUUGUACGUGUUUGUCCGACACCUUUAGCUGUGCACUUCAAAAUGAUAAUUCGACGACCUUGUACGGUACGCACAGAGA